UUUUUUUUUUAAAUUUUGUGUUUGUUUAUUUUAAAUGUUUAUUUUCGUACAUUUGUUGUGUGGUAUUUCCUUCAAAUUAUUGUAGCGGUUGCUUCAAUUGAUAUGUGUUAGAAAAUGUGUUUACAGUGUUGCGUUCUGUAAAUCGUUACAGAUUAGCAAUGGUUAAUUCGAAAAUUAAAAAGAAAAAAACAUGAAAUAAUCAACUAAUUUAUAAUGAAGAUGCAAUGACACUUCAUGUCAUGUGAGUAAUUUAUUUAUUAUACUGCACAUUGAAGCACAAUGCUAUUUACAGUUACACAAUUCAACAUGUCUGAACGGGAGUAGAAAGAAGCACAAUUUAUUUCACCUUAACCCUUCUCCUGUUACAGCACUUACUCAUAGUUUUAAUUCCUGUAUUCAACAUGUGGCUCUUUUUAAUAGUAAAAGGAAUAGAUCAAGAUAAAGGAGUGAAAAGACUUUGUGAAUAGCCUUUACAAUAAUAUAGUUAUUAGCAUGUUAUUAAACAUAAUUAAAUUAUGAGCGAAAUUGUUUAAUGGUAUGAUAAAGUAAAUGUGAACAGAUUACAAGUCAAGGUCGUGUGUUGGCAUGGCAACAGUAAACCGAGCUGGGCCGUUCCUCUGGUGAAACAACACAACAAAGUCACACAUUUGGAGCCCAGCAGAUGAGGACCACUAGGUCACAGCAAUGGUCCAACAAUGCAAUCAAGCUGAAAUCAAAGCCCUGGAAACUACUUCACCCCCAUGCCGACACAGUGUCCACCUACCUGUUAUCAACCCAGAUAGACUAAAGACAGCCAAGGCCAUUGUGCACCAAGCUGUCAAGUUACAUAAGGUGUUCUCGGUCCAGGGCCCGUACCCUGUCAUUCGGGCUGCACUGAGGGCCAGAGGCUGGGUGGAAAAGCGGACUUGUCACUCUCAUCAGCACACCUCUGCACAUCCUGUUAAAGAGACCAGCUGUAAUAACGCUGGUGGCAUUGAGAGUGAAGAUGAUGGUGACCAAGAGCAGGAUCCAGACGGACGUUAUGGUCUGAUGUCUCGCCUGGUGCGCAAUGAAAUAGUUUAUUUCUACUGGACAAACAGGAGAGAUGCCAUCAACACCAGCAUCCUGCAGAAAGAUCAGAUCAUCAAUCAUUUUGCCAAAGCAGGCAGUUUCACCACUAAGGUAGGAUUGUGCGUCAACCUGAGGAGCCUUCACUGGUUUGACUCGGCCGACCCGGACACAUUUUUUCCUCGCUGUUACCGACUCGGAGCACGGGACGAGAAGCACGCUUUCAUUGAGGACUACAAGAGGACAGCCUGCACCAGUCUUUUGAAGUACAUAGUGGAAAGAGUGCCGAAUGUACACAAAGAGAGCAAAAAUGAUCCCAUUCGAGAAACAUCGGAAACUGUGAUUCUUCCCAAAAUGAUCAACACAGCCCUCAAAGUGUGCCAGGCUUUUCUCGAGAGUUUAGAGCACGCUGACAUUGACACCAGCUUGGACUCGUCUCAAUCCCUUACAAAGGAGGAGUGGGAGGAGUUUAUUGACAGAUACUAUUUGGUUGUUCAUGGAAGUGCCCGGAUUGAUAUCAGUGAUCAGUUAUUUGGCCGCUGCAAGGCAAUGCUGCAGAGGCUGGCUGAGGUCAGUCCACAACUGGACACGGAUGGCAUACACAACAUCUGGAUCAUCAAACCUGGAGCCAUGUCCAGAGGCAGAGGUAUCAAAUGCGCCAAACGUUUGGAUGAGAUCCUCAAUAUGGUGUCCAGUGAUCCAGCUCUAAUCAAGGAAAGCAAAUGGGUGGUUCAGAAAUACUUGGAGUCUCCAUUCCUGGUGGAAGGCACCAAGUUUGAUGUGCGCCAGUGGUUUCUCGUCACAGACUGGAACCCUCUCACUGUGUGGUUUUAUAGAAAGUGCUACUUGCGCUUUUCUACGCAGCCUUACUCAGUGGACACAAUGGACAACUCAGUUCACCUGUGCAAUAAUUCCAUCCAGAAGCAUCUGAGACCUUCUCAUCACCGCCAUCCCAGCAUCCCGGAAGACAACAUGUGGUCAGACGACCAGUUUAAGACCUUUCUGUCCACUCGGGGCCGCCAGGCUCAGUGGGAGAAUGUAGUGGUCCCCGGGAUGGAGAAGGCUAUUGUCCAUGCAUUGCAAACGACACAAGAUCUUGUCGAUUCCCGCAAGAACACGUUUGAGCUCUAUGGCGCUGACUUCAUGUUAGGCUGUGACUUACAUCCAUGGCUGAUUGAAAUCAAUGCCAGUCCGACCAUGGCUCCCUCGACACCCAUCACAGCCCGUCUUUGUGCAGCUGUGCAGGAGGACACGCUACGUGUGGUCCUGGAUCGGAGAGCAGACAGAUCAGCAAACACGGGAGACUUUGAGCUCAUUUAUCACCAGGCAGCAGUAGUCGUACCACAGUAUGUAGGGGUCAACCUACUCAUCGAGGGCUUCAGGCCGAAGUGCUCCCGUCUGCUUCCUCCUUUGAGGCCUCUCGACCGUUCAACCCCAAAGUAUCGUGUCAAGGUCAAGAAGGAGAUGUCCACAGAAAAACCAAAGCCUUUACCCAAGGUGGUCAAGAGUGCUGAUACACCAGUAAAAAACAUCCAUCGUCUUCCUCCUCCUCCUCCUUCCCAGCCACCAGUGCCUAUCCCUAUUGAAACAUUCACUCUCCAGCUACCCAAGACUGGACACAGGUCUGUCCAUGUACCCCUUAAUGCUUGCUCACAUUCAGUCUUUCUGUGGAGAAGGGGCUUGGAAUUAAGACCUCUUCUGUGAAGGACCAAAAUAAUGCCACAUAAAACAAGGGUCACAAUGUUUCUCCUGUAAGAAUCAGCACCAAUAUAAUCUGUGACAGAGAUGGGACACAUUUAUUUUUUUCAAAUUUCAAAUUCCUUUGGAUAUUCCUUUAAUAUCCCUCAAGACAUGGUGCCCAGAUAAACUAUUUUAGGUGUUGGUAUUAUUUCAGACGCUAUGAAAGUUUUGCAAGUCCAUUAAAUUUAAAUGUGAAUUUCAGAAGAUAUACAUAAAUAUGGCUUGAAGCCAAAGUGAUAAUACAUUAUAAUUCGGAUCUUUUCCACAUAUGUAUAUAUCAGAAUUUUGUAGCUAAAUAACACUACAUGAUUUGAUGAUAAAAAUAUAUGUUCUUAUUAAAAUGUAUUAACAGCUGU